ACAUUUAUUCUCGACUGGCCGUUCGUUUAAGUUUUGGGGAUUUUCUUCAAGGUUUUAUCGAAACGCGUUAAGGUUAGAUCUUGCAUCGGUUUUUUCCUUCUUUAACUUCCGCUGGAGCGACAGCCACGGGGCCGUCCCUUUUCCGUAGGGAAUUUCAUCUUGCGACAUCACCUGAAUUUCGGGGUUCCGUGGCGCCUUUCUUGCAUGCCAUUCUCACCUUCAGCCGUUUGCACUUCGCUCUCUUUUCUCCCCUCUCUGUCUCCGUUCGCGUGUUUUGCCGGUCUUCUUCCCUAUUUCUCUCUUUGACAUUUCUUCCAUUGGCAUUUUCCACAAGUUGUACUCGGGUAAUCUUUACGUAGUCUCGUUCUCGAGCUUGCUGUUGUCUCCUCUCUCUUAGUUUCCUCGUUUCCACUCACAGAAUGGCUUUCGAAGGAUUUCGCCGAUUUGAUCCCGAGCGUCCGAACUACCGCUACUUUCCGAAUCGCACGCGAGCGCAGACGGUGUGGCUGUCCUGGGGCGUCUUUGCUCUUGGCGGGCUCGUUGGUCUGCUCUAUCUGAAGUUCUCCGAGUCAAGACAACAGGACCUAGCUCGACAUUAUUCUGAAAUCGCGCGGCACGAUGGCGUGACUCAGACGGCAUUCAAUCAGAUCCAGAAUCAAAACAACUACUUCCAGGGAGUGCUCCAGAACGCCCGUCGCCGUGAUCUAGGCCUUCCUACCCCAAGGGUUCCCCUUCAGAUUGAAGAAGAAAAAUAAUCAAGAACCAACACUUCUUCGACGGUCAGAAAUCCUUUUAUGGCAAAGACUGCAGUUUUCAGUCUAUGUUGCACAGGAACUGUGACUGUCGGCAACUGCUCCUCUCCCGUCGGUUCGGUGAAGAAAAAAUUGGCGAACGCGGCCUGAGAGAGUGACUGAUGUGUUGUAUAAAGCGAUUGCUGCGAUUUAUUACAGGCGGAUCGACGGGGAAGUGGACCAGAGGUCUUCCGUUGUGGUAGAUGUGGGCGACACAUAUAUAUGUGUGCAUGUGCCUUGUACCACGUUUCCUAGUGGGUUGCUUGAUAGCGUGGUAAAUGAAUAAGAGGUUCGAGAAGCAAAGACGCACCCGUGUGCGCACGCAUACAGGCAUCCCGCGUGUAUAUUCUGAAUUCGUCGAGCGUGGACAUUCUUGUGAACGAACGCAGGUAUCGUUUUUCGAAAACAGCAGGAAGUGCAAACUGAGCACAUGCACUGAACGAAGAAGAGGGUAAACACCAAUGAGUAUUUUUUGGUGAGACAGCUGUAGAUAGACGUGCACUCAGUGCGGCGACGAUCAGACCAGAGUGGUGUGGAUUAGAACAAACGACAAGUGGACAGUUUGAGGAACUCACUGUGAACGCACUGUUGCAGACAAAAACCAAUAUAAUCAGUGAAACCCUCUGUUGUGUUUUCCGGAGCCUGAAUUCCGUUGUGCGUUUCCCAGCUUGCAAUCCUCUUUCU